AUGGCGUCUCAACCCCCAGAUGGCGAUUUUUGCCUUGAAUGCAACUGGGAAGCCCUCCGCAUCGACGGCAAGGACACAAUACAUUCCUCGGGUAACUCCCUUCAGCAUCAUUGGAACUGUUCAAACCACCAAAAUCAGGCACCGCUACCCCAUUGCGAGGUUGAUGAGGCCUGCUGUGAUGUAGAUGACUGUGCGUUAGACUGUGGGUCAAUAUGUGACGGAUUUGUGGGAUGUGAUACUUCCACGGUAUGCUCAGUUGCUCACUGCGACGAUGACAAUUGUGGGGAUGACAACUGCAAUGAAACCCAUUGCGAAACCCAUUGUGAUACCAAGCAUUGCAAAGAAGACAACUGCGACGAUGCGCACUGUGAAGGCAUUGACCCCCUAUGUUUCGAAGACCACUGCUGCGACGGGACAGAGAGUCAAGACUGUGGGUUUGAUGCUCUGUUUGGAAUCAACUCUUCACUGUCAUUAGACACGGGAAUCUUUCCUUCUACGGCCCUUGGAAAUCAUCCCGUCAGUCAUCAGACCAAAUCGAUGCAAUAUCCGCUCUCUGGCUUUGCCGACCCGAGUCAACAAGAAAGCUUUUUAUCCACGUACCAAGCGCAUGCCACCCACUGUGAGCAGGAUGUACAUAGCCACUUUGAGUGCCAUGAUUUCCAGAAAGAUUGGCAGGUGAUGUUUGCGGCACCACCUGCUCCCCUGCAGACCGAAGUCAAUCCAGCGGAAGUUUUCCACAUGCUUGGAAUGUGUUCCGACUUCUCGAUAUGUCAAGAUCAACAUGUACCCGAGCCCCAGAACUGCCUUGAUACCUUCGAAAAACCCAAAAUCGACACCUCAUAUGGAACUAAUUGCUUCCACCAUGAACAUCGUCAUGUCCACAACCACUUCAAAAACCCUAAUGACCUGAAUUUGCAAACCAUCCGCAAAGGACCCCAUCGCAACCAUCAUCGUUGUCGAGCGCACACCCACGCUCAUUCUCACCCAUAUUCUCCCUAUUCGCGACAAUCUCGCUCGAGUAUCAGUUCCCACAUAAUCUCCAGUCCAGGAGAGACCCCGCCACCUCUGGAAGGUGAUGUGUCAUCCGCGCAGAUUACACCGGAUUUCUCUCCAAAUAACAAGGAGUUACAUGUGUGCAGGUGGUCGACAGACAUUCAUGGAAUCAAGACUUUCUGCGGUGCGGAAUUCACUGAUUGUGGUGCUCUCCAAGAGCAUCUCAUUGUCAAUCAUAUGAAUACUGUGAAUGGCGCAAAGGGCAAUGGGUAUUACUGCUGCUGGGGAGGAUGCCAUCGUCCGGAUGAGCCUUUUUCGCAGAAGUCCAAGCUUCAGGGCCAUUUCCUCACACACAGUAACUAUAAAAAUUUCUCGUGCUCGGUGUGUGGCAAGGCAUUUGCUCGGCAGGCAACAUUAGACCGACAUGAGCGCAGCCACCGAGGUGACAAGCCUUAUAAUUGCAAACACUGCGGUAAAUCAUUUACGGAUAGUAGCGAAUUGAAAACACAUUCGCGGACCCAUACCGGGGAAAAGCCAUUCAAAUGCACUUGGCCGGGGUGCAAUUUCACAACGGGUGACUCAUCGAAUAUGUCUAGUCACCGACUUACGCACGGAGAGCGAAAACACAAAUGUCUUUUCCCAGGGUGUACCAAGAGCUUUACGCGUCCUGAUCAGCUAAAGCGUCACCAGAAGACAACACAUAAACAAGAAACUUGCUUGGCGCUCCCAUCACCGAACACCGACCAUUUCACGAUGACCCCCUUCACACUUGUCUAA